AUGAGUAAAAGGUCUGAGUAUCAGGCGACCGAAGAUGCACCGAUGUCUGUCGACGUCGCGGCGACCACCACCACCGACAACAACGACAGUGAAAACUCGACUAGCGAAAACUCGUUGGGGCGGAAGAUCGGCGGUGGUUUGUUACGAAGAGGUGCUCUCAGGCAGAAGAACGUGCACGAGGUCCGCGGCCACAAGUUCAUCGCGCGCUUCUUCAAACAGCCAACGUUCUGCAGUCACUGCAAGGAUUUUCUAUGGGGGCUCAACAAACAAGGCUUCCAGUGCCAAGUUUGCGCCUUAGUCGUCCACAAACGAUGUCAUGAAUUUGUCGGCUUUUCCUGCCCCGGGGCUGAUAAGGGCGUCGAUUCUGAUGACCCUCGCGCAAGGCAUAAAUGGAAAGUGCACACGUACAACUCGCCUACAUUCUGUGAUCACUGUGGCUCCAUUCUGUACGGUCUAAUUCGGCAAGGGGACAAGUGUCAAUCUUGCGAUAUAAACGUCCAUCACCGCUGCAAGGACUAUGUGCCCAAUUUCUGCGGCACAGACCAGACAGAAAGACGAGGUCGGAUCCGUUUAAAGGUGUUCUGCGACAACGCGCUGCUGACCGUGAACGUUGCUGAGGCCAAGAAUCUAGUUCCGAUGGAUCCAAACGGAUUGGCAGAUCCGUACGUGAAGCUAAAAUUGAUUCCUGAGCCAGAAGGCCGUUCCACAAAGCAGAAAACGAAGACCCUUCGCGCCACGUUAUUCCCUGUUUGGAACGAAACAUUUAUUUAUAAACUCGAAGCAGGCGACAAGGAUCGCCGACUGUCCGUCGAAGUCUGGGAUUGGGAUCGAACGUCCAGAAACGACUUCAUCGGCUCUCUCUCAUUUGGGAUCUCUGAGAUUGUAAAGGAACCAGUCGAUGGCUGGUUUAAACUAUUAAAUCAAGAGGAAGGCGAAUUUUACAACCUCCCUGUUAUUCAAGAUAAAGAAGUCGAAUUGCUGAGGAAAAAGUUUAGCGUAAGUGAAAUGCAACGUAACAGAACAGAGCAAAGGAAGAUUUCGCGGGAUUUCAGAGCGAUUCAUCAGACAGACGUGAUUCGACUGACGGAUUUCGAGUUUCUCGCUGUACUUGGCAAGGGCAGCUUCGGAAAAGUAUUGCUUGCUGAGCACAAGUUGUCGAAAGAGGCAUUCGCAGUAAAAAUUCUCAAGAAAGAUGUCAUAAUACAAGACGAUGACGUGGAAUGCGCGAUGAUUGAAAAACGAGUGCUGGCCGUUCCCGAAAAGCCGUCGUUCCUCGUUCAGCUACAUUCCUGCUUCCAAACAAUGGACCGGCUUUUCUUCGUGAUGGAAUUCGUGAACGGCGGCGAUUUAAUGUUCCUCAUUCAGCAGAUGGGUAAAUUCAAGGAGCCUGUUACAGUGUUCUAUUCCGUCGAAAUCGCCAUAGGCAUUUUCUACCUGCAUUCGAAAGGCAUCAUCUACAGAGACCUGAAGUUGGACAACAUCAUGCUCGACAAAGACGGACACAUCAAGAUUACAGACUUCGGCAUGUGCAAAGAAAACAUCUUCGAAGGGGACACCACGAAAACCUUCUGCGGCACUCCGGAUUACAUCGCUCCUGAGGUGCGUAAACAUGCUGUGUUUAUAACUUUCCUUCUUACCUAUGUUUACAAUAAACUGUGUUUUUACAUAUAAUC